AUGCCACGCUACAAUUCUCUAUCUCUCUAUCAGGAUCUCUCUCUCUCUAUCUAUCUAUCUUUCUGUAUCUUUUUCUAUCUGUUACUGUCUCUCUUUGCCUCUGUCCCACUUCUCUUUCUAUUUCUGUCUGUCUCUCUCUCUCUCUCGCUCUUUGACCAUGAGACCCGGGUUUGUUUAUUUAUCUAUCUAUCUAUCUAUCUAUCUAUCUAUCUAUCUAUCUAUCUGUCUUUAUAUUUUAUUUUUGACCUAUACUCGGGCGAUGAAAUGAAAGCAAUUUGUUGUUCCCAGAAUAUAGAAUAUCUAUUUCUCUCUCUCUCUCUUCGUAUUAUACUCAAACGCGCAUGCGGCAUUAUACGAUGCCUGGAACAGUUCAUGAUGAAACAUAAUAGACAUUCGUCGUCUGUUAUAUUUAAUCUAUCUAUCUAUCUAUCUAUCUAUCUAUCUAUCUAUGCAAGUGAACAUUGA